CUGCUCACUUAUCAUCAUAAUGGCUUUGAGGACACUCUCAGCAAAGAGCGCUGCGGCUCUGGACAAGGAGCUGAUGAGCUCUGGAGCUUUCUCUAUCGAUCAGUUGAUGGAGCUUGCUGGAUUGUCCGUCUCACAAGCUGUAUUCAAGCUACAGCCACUUAACCAAGGGAAGAGGAUUCUAGUCGCUUGUGGACCCGGAAACAACGGCGGAGACGGUCUCGUUGCAGCUCGUCACCUCUACCACUACGGAUACCAGCCUACAAUGUACUAUCCAAAGCAGAGCAAGAGCGAGCUCUAUCAGCGUCUCACGAAGCAGCUGAAAGACCUCGACAUCCCGUUCACUGAGGACUUUGAUUCAGCUUUGAAGCAAGCUGACCACAUUGUUGACGCUAUCUUCGGCUUCUCCUUUUCCGGCGAAGUUCGCGAACCCUUUCCGAAAGUCAUCGAGGCUCUCCGGGACACCAAGAUCCCAGUUCUAGCGGUAGAUGCGCCUUCGUCCUGGAACAUCGAAGAUGGACCACCAGACUCUGGUCCUGGAAAGGGUUUUCAACCACAAGCUCUUAUCUCCUUGACUACACCAAAGCCUCUGGUCAAGUGGUUCAAAGGGAGACAUUUCAUCGGCGGACGAUUCCUCAGCCCUGCCAUGGCGGAGAAGUACGGGCUGGAUGUGCCGCCCUAUCAUGGGCUGGAUCAGUUGGUUGAGAUCGGGGUGGAGGGACAGAAACUCUAAUGGAUCUCAAGUAGAAGCUGCGUACUUAAUGCACUGUUGUGGUCAGUUCCAGACAACCGAACCUGACCACGGAGUUCUCCAACUUCACGCCCAAAUCUUGACAGUAGCAGUGAAGAGAGGCAGAGCUCACGCGAGCGGUGCGUCCAGAACAGCCGCCUUAUCUGUCUCAAUCGCUUGCAAAUCUAUACCUGUCAAAGCGCAAAUGAUAGGCAGUGCCAUACACCCGUUUCAGAAGACGUUGUGCAACGGCUCGAGUACCCACGGCGAGUCUGGCAGCUCCAUGCGAAAUCAAACCAUGGAC